GACUUAUUUAUAUUCCCAUUGUUCAUUAAACACUCACAAAAUGUACCGCUACAUCAUCACCACUCUGCUUAUUUUUGGCGUUCCAAGCCUACAGCACAAAAUUCCAAGAAAUGAACGCAUAAUCGGAGGAAAUCCAGCUCGAGCGGGCCAAUUUCCUUUCGCUGUGGCAAUUUUUGUGCAAACUUCAGAUUCCAGAUUCUUCUGUGGGGGAUCCCUGUUGACAACAAGGCAUAUUUUAACAGCUGCACACUGCGUUGAUGGUGGAAUCGUUUUUAAUGUACAAGCUGGUUCAAACCGUCUAGAAGGGGAUGAGGCAUAUCGUUAUGAUGCCUCAACAAAUGAUUAUAUUUUGCAUCCUGACUACAAUCCAGAGACGUUAGAAAAUAACGUUGGUUUUGUUGUGCUUCGGAUGGAUAUGCCUUUGAUAGUUGGGUAUCGCUGGAGUGUGAGUUACCUUCCGACUGAAGAUCUUGAGGCGGGAGAGGGAGCUAUCGCGAUUGGGUGGGGGCAGCUUGGUGAUGAGACUCCUGGUCCCGAAAAUGACCUCCAUUACGUCGACUUGGCCACAUUAACCAACGCCGAGUGUAAACUUACUUAUGGCAACCAAAUCACCGAUGACAUGGUAUGUGCGGAAGGAAACUACAACGAAGGAACGUGCAUCGGCGAUAGUGGCAGCCCCCUCGUUCAGAAUGUGCGGCUGGGUCUAAUGAAACAGGUUGGCAUCGCUACAUUCGUGAGCACGAAUGGCUGCGAAAGCACAGAUCCUUCCGGAUUUACAAGACUCUACCCACAUAUAGAUUGGAUAAAAAACAUAACAAAUAGGGAUUAGAGCAUAAGCGGAGAAUCGUUGUCGAUGAAAGCAAAAUAAAUUGAUUUGUGUUCGA